GCGCCGUGUUCAAAUUUAAGAGUCAACUGAACGAGUGUCCGUUCUUCCUCAUUUGACAAAACAACGGAUAGUACAGGUGGCUAUGUCGUCUAUUCCUGAUGCGAUCUAACGAUAUUUUACGUGGGUUACCACUAGCUACACUUUAUGGAGGAAGCUAUAUAUACCACGACAUUGUAUAUUCCUUCUUAGCAUUGUAUACACUACAAUUCACGGUGCAUUCGCUGUACCAUCUGUCAAAAGCUGUUGGCGGUGUACUAAGAACCACAUAACUGCACUGUGAAGGCCACUCAAGCCGAUCAAUCGUCAACUCCUAGUUGACAUUAGCGUCCUGGCCUAUGAGUAGUUACGUUACAUGCACAUCCCAACCAUCAUAAGAAACCUCGCCUUGCUUUUUUGGUCCGUGAUACGAGGCUGAGAAGGCGCAGCAGUUGUGUUGUGCGGGGUUGUGACCGCUUAGCUUAAAUACAAGCCUAUCGCGACAAACAGUCCGUGAAGUUUCCAUUUUCCCCUUUGGAUUGAAAUAUAUUUUUAAUACAUUUCUGAUGACUGUUACGACUCCUCAGCACGUGGGGGAUACUGUGCCUAUUUCUGGCGGAUUGCAGAUCCUGACAAAGCGCACAGUACCUCUUCCACUAGAGGUCGUGCAGCCUGAUCCGACUUGGCCCGCCCAGUUCGCGGGAAUAAAAGCUGAGGUUGAAGUAGCACUAGGUUCGGAACUACUAGACAUAGUCCAUGUCGGUUCCACCAGUGUCCCUGAUCUGCCCGCUAAGCCUGUCAUUGACAUCGACGUCACUGUGGCCAACAUUGAGGAAGAGUCUACCUACGCGCCAGCCUUCGAGGCAGCUGGUUUCCAAUUUAUACUUCGCGACCCGAGCUGGAACCAGCACCGCUUGUUCUACAGUUAUGACCCACCAGCCAACUUGCAUGUCUUUGGGCCCGAUAGCAAGGAGCUGAUUCGUCAUGCAGCAUUCCGCGACUGGCUGUUGACACAUCCUGAGGAUAGGGAGACAUAUGCAAAAAUCAAAAUAGAGGCCUCCAAGGCAGCUAUUGCAAACGGGGAAGAUGUGAAUCAAUAUAAUGACAGAAAAUCUCCUGGUUUACAAGAGAUUUUGGUUCGUGCUCUGGCUGCCGUAGGUCACACGCUGGAGUCAACCUAUGGCCGACAGCGAAAGUGAUGAGCCAAGGCACGCUUUGAGAUGAUAUAUAAACUAGGGGCCUUAGUUAAAUCGUACCGCAACAUUUCUAGCCUAGGUUUAGAUAUUUC